AUGCGUUUUCAGUCGCUGGUGGUCCUGCUUAUCGCGGGCCUGGCAUUUCAGGUGCUCAGGCCGCGCAAUCAAGAGGCUCCUCGUUUCAAGCAUCUGUCCGAGGGAUUGUACAGCCUGACCCAGUGGUGGCAACCCAUCCCUGGCCUUUUGUACUAUCCCGUGUCUGUGUUUAUCGCUCGGCAGGAGGGCAAAUGGGUGCUGGUGGACGCGGGAGUGCUGGGCACGCAGCGGCAGCCGCAUGCCGCACAGCUGCUGGCCGCCCUGCAGGCCACCGUGCCUGCAGAGGAGAAGCUGGCGGCAAUACUGGUUUCCCACCACCACCCCGACCACACCGGCGCCCUCCCGCUGCUGUUGGAAGCCUUCCCCGACACGCCGGUGGCGUUUUACGAGGACGAGCGGCCCUUCCUGCUGGGGAACAAGACCUUUGCGCAGCCAGGCAGCCUGCAGGCCCGCCUGUUCCGCUGGAUUGGCCUGCUGGGCGAACGGCCCUUUAAGGCAAGAAGCAGCCGCCUGAGGGCCAUCGCCGGGCGUACUGGCAUUCAAAAGGCCUGCCUACGCCGGCUGGCGGUGCCCUCAGCGCAUCUCAGCAGCACAGCGUUCACUGUCGGCAUUUCGCCAUGGACCACCCGACAUCCUGCCCCCUUGCCUCAAGUGCCCGCCAGCAGGGCGCACGUGCUGGAGGAGCCUCUGGCCGACCUGUCUGUGUUUGGUGUGGACCAUCUCAUCUAUAUCCCCAGCCCCGGCCACUCCCCCGGCCACAUCAGCCUGCUGCACCACCCCUCCCGCACGCUGCUGGCGGUGGAUGGCGUCAGCUUCAUCAGGCCCUCGCUGCGCCGCAGCAGCCCCGGCGACGCAAACGACACUCGGGUGGUCUGGAGCUUCAAGCCCCUGCCCUUCCUGCCAGGGCUGACUCUGCGGGCGGAGCCGCACAUUGUGUGCCAGGGACCCGAGUGCGAGCGGGAGAGGGCUGAGAAGUCGUUCUGCCUGCUGGCUGACGCGAUGGAGUACAGGCGGGUGCUGGCUUCGCACGACCUGGCGGCAGCAAGCGGCGGAGGCUGGACGCAGCCUUGCCCAUGCGUGCCGCCCGGUGUUUUUCGUGGCUUUGUUGCAGGCUGA